AACAUCUCAAAAAAUCACGACUCUACUUGACCCAGUCCCCAAAAAAGAACAAAAAUCUUCAAAUAAACUGGCACUUUACCUGUAACGAGCCACCAGAUACGAUAUUACUGACUUUUGGCGAUUUAAGAGCGAACCCAAGCGCCGAAAUUCUUUAUCAAACAAACCCAGGUUCGGUCAUUAAGGGCUUCCAAGAGACCCAAAUCCCGUUCAAAAACGUCGAAUUGCCGGGAAACUGGAGCCUGGAUAACGAUUAUCCAGAUCUGAAGGCUGAAUGUUUCGAUUAUUACAUUACAAGUCGGAGAAACAACAGUAUUAUUCAUUCGCAAUGUCUCUCCAUCCAACCAGCUUGGAUGUCAAAUUUCGGUGAUCUCAGAAUCGGGGACAUGAUGAUCCCCGGAACCCACAAUUCCGGUGCUUGGCGGACGAAACUCCCCGGAUUCAAAAACUAUGUCCUCAAUCAGGACAAAAGUAUGUGGGAGCAGCUGGUUUACGGUAUUCGGUACUUCGAUAUCAGGGUUGGGCGUUAUGGGGACUCGCCACAAAGUUUAUACAUAAACCAUGAUUUUGUCAAGUGCACUGAGCUCGUCCCCGAGCUUCAAAGUGUGGCCAAGUUUCUCCAAAAGUCACCGAAAGAAGUGGUGGUGUUGGAUUUUCACCGGUUUCCCCACCCCAAAGAUUUUCUUGAAGGACAUCACUUGGAGCUUUUGCGGGUUGUGAGGGAUAUUUUCGGAGAUUUAAUUUAUCCGUAUUCGAGGUUUAUGCACCCGAAAGGGCCCAAAUUACGCGAGUUCUGGCAGAGCCAAAAGCGGGUCAUUAUCAGUUAUCGGCAGGAUUAUUUUAUUCGAAGGAAUCCGUGGUUGUGGCCAGGCGUUCAGCGCGACUGGGGGAACGUCCAAAAGUUACAAAAUUUGGAAAAUUUCGUCAAAACGAAAAUUUCUAAACCGGUCCGGGGAAACCCGCUCAAUGUACUUAUGGCUGAAUUGACUCCAAACUACCGAAAUUUUCUGCAGUAUAUUAACACGAAUCUGAAAGACCUGGCUUUGAUGGUGAAUCGGGAACUGACAGAGUGGGUCAUUGAGAAUAAUUUUGCUGAUAAUUUGAAUAUAAUCGCGACCGAUUUUUUUACCGGUAACGACAUGAUCAGCGUGGCAAUCGGCACAAACUUUCGCAAAUUGCAGCGCAGUUUUUUCCAUUAAUUAAUAAAGUUUUCCCCCGA